AGUUUCGAGAGAGUUCAACUUGAGAGAACCUGGAAAUUACAGGCGUGUAAUCCCUGGGUCUGUCUUUGACAGAUUGUAUUGUAACGAUUAUCCAUUAAUGACUCAAAUGUACUAGAAAUGCUGAGAUUUUUGAGUCGCCGAAAAAGCAAAUCGGAAAAAGGAUUGAGUUCUUCGACAAAAAACACAGCUCAGACGUCCCAACAAGUGAAACCAAAUAAAAAUCUAAUCGUUUGCAAAAUCAUUGUUCUUGACGGAUCUGACUUGACAAUAGAACUGCAUAAAAAAGCAUAUGGAUCAGAACUAUAUGAGCAAGUUUUCUACUCUUUGGAUCUGAUUGAGAAAGAUUACUUUGGGUUGCAGUACACUGAUGUUAAUCAUGUGCAACACUGGCUAGAUCCAACCAAAGCAAUUAAGAAGCAAGUCAGAAUUGGACCUCCCUACACAUUACGUUUGAGAGUAAAAUUUUAUUCUUCAGAGCCAAAUAGUCUGAGAGAAGAAUUGACUCGCUAUCAAUUCUUUCUCCAGCUGAAACAUGAUAUCCAGUCUGGUCGUUUGGAAUGCCCAUUUGACACAGCAGUUCAGCUUGCUGCCUGUUCACUACAAUCUGAACUUGGAGACUAUGAUCCAGCCAUUCAUACUCCAGCAUUUGUCAGUGAAUUUCGCUUUGUUCCUGAGCAGACAGAAGAUAUGGAAAUUAAAAUAAUAGAAGAAUACAAAAAGAUCAGGGGACAAAAUCCAGCUCAGGCUGAAUUGAACUAUUUGAACAAAGGAAAAUGGUUGGAAAUGUAUGGAGUUGAUAUGCAUACAGUCUUGGGAAAAGAUAGUUGCGAAUAUUCAUUAGGACUAACACCAACUGGAAUACUAGUGUUUGAAAAUCAUCAGAAAAUAGGGCUUUUUUUCUGGCCGAAAAUUACUAAACUCGACUUCAAAAAGAAAAAGCUAUCAGUAAUUGUCGUGGAAGAUGAUGACGAAGGCCGAGAACAGGAGCACACAUUCGUGUUUAGGCUUCACAAUGAAAAAGCUGCCAAACAUUUAUGGAAAUGUGCUGUUGAGCAUCAUGCCUUUUUCCGUCUCAAAGGGCCUGUUAAAGCUCAUAACACACGACAAAAUUUUUUCCGUAUGGGCUCUCGUUUUCGAUACAGCGGACGAACUGAAUAUCAAACGACUCAAACCAAUAGAGCCAGAAGAAGUGUGCAGUUUGAAAGGCGUCCAAGUCAGCGUUACGCCCGCCGUCAAUCGCAUGUGGUUCGUGAAAGGCAGCAACGCGAUCGUACUAUUGAAGAAGUUCCUGCUAAAGGACUCUCUUCGUCCACAAUUGAACCUUCGAAUACUUCUACCGCAGCAGGUUCACAAUCUGUGGAACCGGUCUACAAACCUCUAGCAGAUGUGGACCAAGAUUUGAUUAUACUUGACAGCAGUCACGAAGACAGCGCUUUGAGCACCAAUACAUCGAAUGCCUUAAUCGUUGGAUUGAGUAAAAGCCCUCAACUCCAUGCGCGUGCUUUACUAAAAUCUCCUGAAUCAAAUCAUAAAUCUCGCUUUAAAGAUCAAAGACAAGAUGACAAUGGCGCAGCAGCUUCCAUGGAAGAUAUCGAAGAAAAUCGACUAGACACUUUGAUAAAGAUUUUAGCGAAAGAAUCUACAUCUGUACAAUUGGAGGAAGCGAAUGAAAAGGGGAAAAUGGAAUUGACAUCACAUUCCAAAUUAAACAGCCUACUUAUAAAUAUUCCAAAUAACCAAACCCACAAAUCGAGCAAUCAAGGAUCUGCGAAACCCCUUGCUCCCGAGCAGCUGAAGUGUAAUAUUUUGAAAGCGCGUGCUGAUGAAGAGCGGAAGAAAACACCGGUCACUGCAAACUUGGAUGUGGGCAAUAAUAGCAAGCACACAGAUGGAGGGGCCAUCGGUUCGGAUUUCAAAAUUUCCAAUAGCGGUUCAGUUGGAGGAGUAAAAAAUGACUUCAGUAAUAACGUAACUACUUAUGUUUCCGUGGGAGGAGACAAGUUAACUCUGACUCUUCACGAGUGUGAUAAAACGUCAGAUGAUUCAGUUGCAGUUAGCUCGAACGUUGCAACUCCAUCACCAACUUGUUUAUCGCAAGCGAACAGCGAUCCUAGCCCCAUUGAAUCUCCAGCAAUUCCCGUCACUUUGACUCAUUUUCAGCAGUCCGUUAAAGGGGAUCUUGAGAAAAAAACUGUACCAGAGUCAAAUAAUCCAUUCAGAAAUUCUCCUGCAAGCUCACCAAGGCUGAGAACAAUGUCUUCUAAAAAUCCGUUUGCGGUAGACGCUCUUAACAGUAAUCCUUUCUUGUUGCGGUUGGCAAGUCCUGACCUCAGCAGUCGUGCAACUUCAUCUCCGAUUACUUGUGAACCUCCUUGCCCUGUUGAGUUAACUACUUCCCAGCCGAUGUUGGAUUCUUCUGUUGCGGAUGACUUGCAGGCGGUUGGAGUGCUUUCCGAUGUGGUUAGCAGCAGUCCAACUCAACUAUCUCCAUGGCACGUUCCAGAAUCAAAGCCAACUUCCAUUGUAAUGAAACGAACCGUGGUUACAGAACUUUAAUUUAAUGGUUUCACUAGCUUUUUUUUGACCAUUGUAAAUAUUUCUUCUUUUAUUCUUGAGACGCUUCUUUGAUGAUGCUUUUGUCUGAUAUAUUUUUUAAAUUCGCGAUGCCUUGUUAUUACAACAUUACAGUAAUAACACUUAAACUAAAUUCGGCGUGCCGCAUUAAAAAAUGGUCCAAUAGUUGUGUGGUAAUAAUUAUCUUCUGUCAGUUCAUUUUUAGUAUUAUGUUCUUAUAUGUAGACCACCCUAUGUUUUGAAAGUGAACCGGUUUGCCAUCUAUAAAUUGUGUGCUGACUCGCACACCUCUUAAUUGCAAAAAAAAAAGAUCAUUUACCUGUUGGAUGUUGAUGUUCAGUAAUUAUCCUAACCAACUUUCGUUCCGUCCCUUGCUCCUUGGGAGUUUUUACAUUUAACCGUGUGCAGGUUUCUUCUUCCGUCCACCAACGGCAACGCAUAACGUAGUUGCUUUUUUGAUUCCUUUGAAGUUAUGUGUGAAUCUUAAAACAAUACCAGGCGAAAAGUAUAAUUGUUAAAUCGUAGCCUCAUUUUUUGGUGCAUAGCUGUCUAUCAUUGCUUAUUUCCUGAUCAUAUUAUGUGCCUAAAGCUGGUUUUAAUUAGUUAUUCCCUUUUACAAUACACUGCAGUUUUGUACCUA